GCUCGGCACCAACAUGGCCGAAACUCCCCUUCAUUUCACUGGAGCCUUCUUGCUGCCCUUAGCUCUAAAAUCCCCAGAUCUGAGUGCAUUGGCAAAGUCAUCGAGUGCUCGAAAGAUCUACAUCUGACCGGCCUAGGGACUCGGCUGUCAAUUGAAUGAAAAUAGGACACAUAAAAUGCCUCCUCUUAUACGGGUAGCGCCUACAAAGGCUGCUCGCGCAGUCAACUUGCUUCGUACAUUGCAAGCACACCCACCCUCAUGUCCGUGCCACAGCAAUCCGGGCCACCACAACUCACCUUCACCCAUGUCUAUGACGAGCCGCAAGAUCUCUCCCAGGCAGAUAUCUCGGUCGCUAGCCACGCCAAUUGACAGCUCACAGCAAAAGGAGUAUGCCUUUGAGAUGGCAGCGUCAAGUAUACGCUUUGGGCCAGGAUCGACGAAGGAAGUGGGCAUGGAUUGUACGAAUCUGGGCGCAAAAAGGGUCAUGGUCGUCACGGACGCAAACGUUGACAAGCUCACGGCCAUGAAACAGGUGAGGGAGGCUCUGGAUGCCGAAGGAAUCGAUUUCCAGGUUUAUUCGAACGUGCGCGUCGAGCCCAAGGAUUCCAGCGUCAAAGAAGCAAUCGAGGUCGCGAAGCCAUACCAGCCGGACCUUUUCCUCGCCGUAGGAGGGGGCAGUGUGAUCGACACGGCCAAGCUCAUGAACCUGUACACAUGCUUCCCGGAGGCUGACUUCCUGGACUUCGUGAACGCGCCGCUGGGCAAGGGUCUGCCAAUCACGAAGAAACUGAAGCCGCUCAUCGCCAUCCCGACGACCGCGGGAACGGGCUCGGAGACGACUGGGACGGCCAUUUUCGAUCUGGUGUCCAAGAGGGCGAAGACGGGCGUGGCCCAUCGAGCCUUGAAGCCGACGUUGGGAAUAUGCGAUCCGAUGAACACGAGGACGAUGCCAUCUGCCGUUCAUGCGUCGUCUGGUCUUGACGUGCUGUGUCACAGUCUGGAAUCCUGGACUGCAAUCCCGUACAACGAGCGCACUCCACGUCCCUCAAAUCCGAUCUUGCGGCCUGCAUACCAAGGCGCAAAUCCAAUUUCCGACAUCUUCUCGCUGCAGGCUCUUCGAUCCACCGUAGAAUAUCUCCCCCGCGCCGUCAGAGAUCCCGAUGACUUCGAGGCCCAGAGCCAGAUGCUGCUCGCUGCGACGCUAGCAGGCGUCGGCUUCGGCAAUGCUGGCGUUCAUCUAUGUCACGGCAUGAGCUAUCCGAUCUCGGGGCAGAACCCAGGCUAUAAGCAUCCUGGGUAUGAGGUUCCCACCGAUAUCAUUCCACAUGGUGUCUCCGUUGCUGUCACAGCACCUGCUGUGUUCAAGUUUACCGGCGCUUCGAAUCCAGAACGGCAUCUUGCGGCCGCGGAAGCGUUUGGCGUCGACGUGAGCAAUGUCAAGAAGGAGAGCGCUGGAGAAGUGCUUAGCGAGGCAUUGGCCGAAUUUUUGAUCAAGUUAGGCGACCAGCCGAGGGGAUUGAAGGCAUUGGGAUUCACGCACGAUCAUAUCGAUGAUCUCGUGGAGGGAACGUUGCCUCAGAAGAGAGUGCUUAUGUUGGCACCGGCACUGGACGAGACGAACGUCGAAGUGGAGAGGGAGCAGCUGAGGGGAUUGUUUGAAGAGGCCAUGGAGUACUAGUAUUCGGGAGCUUGAAAAAUUCUGUACAUAUGUGAAGCUUUGUAGCCCCACGAAUGUUGAAUGAUGCAUUUCAGUCUCGACAAGAGGAUGCCGGAAGCAUUUGUCACCUCCAUCGAUAUGCGAGCUAUGAUGACAUCUACCUUCAUCUUGGGCAGUCUCAGUCAAGGCUGCUUACUGCAACACGCAUCCAGCAGGCUCAUUGACAGGCAGACGAAUUCCGGUUCUUGCAUCCGAGAUCAUGA